AUGGGAGAUCCAUGUACUGGACUGUCUGACCCGCGUACUCCGGGCAAGAAGUAUCUACGGGGCGGUGACUAUGGAGAAUGUCGGCGUUGCCCAAAAUUCGAUACUCGUUUGGCGUACGUGGACUCUGAGCUGCUCAAAGCCACCAAUCCGACGGAUGCUUGGAUCAAGGAGAUUCAACAAGCAAAGCAACAGAAUCUUUUUCUGAAGGAACGGGUCUUCUUGCUCAAAGGUCCGCUGUGCAAUGGAGGACUCGAUUUCAAUGCUGAUAAUCAGCUCAGGAACUUUCAGGAGACACCAGAGUCGGCGGCGAACAAUGGCGAGAAGAGGGCCAAGAAUCUUGAUUCCUUGAUGCGCACGCUGACCGGCUCCGGUAACGUGAAGUUGAUGAGAAGGCCAACGCGGUUCGAGUUGCAGGAUGUGGACAAGAAAAACGCCAAGUUCGUUGAUUUACGCGAACCCGUGGACUUGUAG